CUUCGUCAUCUACUCAUCUCUGAAGCUGGAGAAAAAAAUUAAGAUAGAAGGAAAAGGAAAAGAAAAAGAAAAAAAAUUCAUCCUCAGAGUCAAAGAAAAUUUGAGCAAUCUUUCGAAGGGGGGCCAUGGAUCUUUGGUCCCUUCAAGCGAAAAACAGCAACGGAGGCCCUUUCUGUGCUAAAUUUUGUUCUUUUUCACAGAGAAAUUCAUGGGCCGAAAGACCCUUUUCCUGCAAUUUGGGAAAGAUUGCAUCUUUCAAGGUCGAAGAUGGGAGGUUGUUGGAGAUUAGGAUUUCGAAAUUUAAGGCUUCUCCAUGUCGAUCUUUGAUCGUUAGAGCCAUGGCAAAGAAGAAUCGUCAGAACCCAUCUUCCUCUGGAAAUGGUGAUCAAUCCAUUCCAGAGAAAGAUGGUUCCAAAGGGAAGAAUCAUGCUUCUGACAAAGUAAUUUCGGAUUGGAGAACAUUCAGAGCAAAUCUUGUUGCACAAGAGCAGGUGCAAAAUGUUGAUACUGAAGCUUCUGGCCAAGACGCAGGUUCCCAUGACUCCUCCAAACCGCUUGGCUUGAAAUGGGCCCACCCAAUUCUUGUUCCAGAGACAGGCUGUGUGCUUGUUGCCACUGAGAAGCUUGAUGGUGUUCGCACUUUCGAAAGAACUGUGGUCCUUCUCCUCAGAUCUGGAACUAGAUCCCCAUAUGAGGGGCCCUUUGGAGUUGUCAUAAACCGUCCACUUAACAAGAGAAUCAAACAGAUGAAGCCCGCAAAUCUGGAUCUAGCAACCACUUUUGCAAAUUGUUCUUUGCAUUUUGGUGGGCCACUUGAGGCAAGCAUGUUCUUGUUAAGGAAUGAAGAGAAUUCCCAACUUCCAGGGGUUGAGCAGGUGAUUCCUGGCCUAUGUUUUGGUGCUAGAAACAGUUUGGAUGAAGCUGCAGGGCUUGUGAAGAAAGGGAUGCUUAAUCCAGAGGACUUCAGAUUUUUCGUUGGGUAUGCAGGGUGGCAGUUUGAUCAAUUGAGAGAGGAGAUUGAAUCAGAUUAUUGGUACGUUGCUGCUUGUAGUGCAAAUUUGAUUCUUGGUGGUUCGUCCGAUUCAUCAUCUGAAGGUUUGUGGGAGGAAAUUUUGCAGCUAAUGGGUGGUCACUACUCGGAGCUGAGUCGGAAACCCAAGCGAGAUAGUCAAUGAUGAUAUCUUUGAACACAAAUGUACAUAAUGUUCGGUAAAAAGUAAUUUGCUCUCGCUAUUCAUCCAUCAUAGUAUGCAAUUUUAUUUGAGGAAGUGACAGUUCAACAGAAGGGUCAUGGAAUUGUAUUUGGUACUCCUCUUGAUC